ACAGUACAAAUACAAAAAAAUGCAUAAAUCAAUAGUACUGACCUUGGGUCUUCUAAGCCCUGUCUUAGCGCAGACACAAACAGACUUCACAAUCGGUGCAAAAACACUUAUCCUUUCAGCCGGUACAAACACCACUGAGGAGUUACCAAAAUGGGUACUUGAUUCAUAUGGCGUGGACUACGAUAUCAAAGAACUAACAACAGGUAGCACAAUCACAAUCCCCGCAUGCUCAGAACAGUUCAAUCAUACAGAAUGUGGGCAACAAAAAACCAAUUACACUCUCAACACAUUGUUUAGUCUAGAACUCAUGGACAGUAAUACAGACCAACCUAAAUACAAUUCGAUCAUCCUUACAUCGGCCGUACUUGGCUAUUUCUACUACUCGCCAGAGGACUUCAGUAAAACUUUUCAACAACGAGGGCUAUCAGCAGAGCUAGAGGAAGAAAUAGACACAUACUGUACAGACUACGGUGUGCGCACAGUGUCCAUGAGAACCGAUCCAAUAGAUAUUGCUGAUGAGGGCCUCCAGAGUGCGUUAAAUGGAGCCGGUGUUAGUCAUCAGGGCACGGCCACACUCAAGUUUGUACCGGGCGAAUUGUCCGCCUCUAUGCACAACAUCCUCAAGGAGCAUGCUACUUUCAAAAUUGGUGGCGAGAUCAGCCUAUCCCCGACCGAGGCGUACUGGUUGACGCCUGCGAGGAUUGAACACACAGCCAACACUGACAGGCACAUCGAACCCCUAAUGGAGGUAGACUACACAUGCCCUGAUGGUUCUGCCUGUAAGAGUGUGGGCGUUUCAUUGAUUACACAUCCCACAACGAAGCGAGAGACGCUUCAUUUCCACUUCAACUCGGACAAGAACGGUUUGCACGGCUUUACCUUCGGACACAUGUGGUUCCCAUGGGUCACACGUGGUCUAUUUUUAGGACACCGCCAGAUCAUCCUACAGGCGGACAUCGAUGACUACUACCUUGACACCGGAGUGUACAACACAACUCUCAAUCGACAGGCCAAGGGCGGUGAGACUACACCACCCAUGACGUACAGAAUCACUGGCGAGGAUCUCGAGCACCACAAGACAUUCCAACAAAGGAUCAACCACCAGUUUGGCACCGGUUCCAAUUUCACCAUACAAAUGGCAUUCAAUGGACGCGGAGAGGGCGAAUUCGGCAAGGUUGAAGCGUACGCGCCCAACUUGAAUCAGGCGAGCUUCGAUCUAUUUGAUGAUUUCCUGUGGGUGACUCACACAUGGAAUCACAUUGACAUGUACUGUCUAUAUUCCAACUGCACAGAGGAUACACAAGAACUGGCCGCUCAGGAGUUCGACAGCUGUUUCGACUGGACUUCACAGACUUGCGACUACGGUGUCAAGGAUGAGCCAAUCUACCUCAAGAGCGGGUAUACACCAUACGAAUACAAUAUGUAUGAAUUGACAAGAAACCAACAUUUCGCAGAGACUGUACUCAAUGUAAGUGAUCAUUCCAAGGUUUGGUCGCCCAAGAGUAUUGUCACACCUAGAAUAUCGGGCUUGAACUACACUGAGAGUAUCCGAGCAAUGCUGGCUGCUGGUAUCAGGAAUGCGGUCGGUGACAACUCACGUAAGGAUCUGAGACAAGCCAACGCAUGGCAGCCAUUCGACGCUGUGGUGAAGAUGGGCAAGGACGGCGUAGAACUAACCGACACCUCCAGAGAGGCAUUCGAGGCGGAAAUGAUAAGUCUGUAUGGAGUCAAGAGCAUCAAUGUCAUCCCACGCUUUGCCACACGGGUGUACUUUGACGUAUCUACCCCAACCGAGAUGGCUAUGGAGCACAACUCGAUCUACGGCCCCAACUGCAAGACGUGCGACGCAAGCUUCCAAUACCAGCACGACCUGAGUUUCCAGGAGAUCAUCGACUUGGAGGGCUUCGAAGUGGCCCGCAACAUGCUGUCCCUUCGCACCGACCCCUACAUGUUCCACCAAGCCAACUUGCGCGUCAACGACAUGGGAUCUGGCAAAACCGCGUCCCUGCUAGAAGCGUGGAUCGAGUCCUCGCUCAAGUGGGUAUCCGAAUACACCACCUUCUCCCUGCAGAGUUACAAGAUGGACGCGCUAGCUGAGGUGUACCGCCUGCGCAAGGAACGAGACGACUGCGAUAUAACGGGCAAGAUACACUACGCUAAGGGCAAGCCCGUCAAGCUUACAGUAUCCUCCCAGAAUGCAUGCCAGGCCAAGCUCACCUACACCCAGACCGCUGGGUCUGGCGACUACAAACCGCUCGUACGCACACUCGCUGGCAACGUCCGUCGCCAAGCCGUGUCUGGGGGUAGCACUGAGAACGUCGACACCACCAUCGAUGUGGAUAUGGGCGGUAGCGCUAACAACGGUGUCGAUCAGGAGAUUGAUCUAGAGGGUAGCGGAAUUGAGACACCCUCUCCUGUGCCCACCCCUGCAGCCUCCGUGACACCCACCGUCUCACCAUCCAUGACAGCGUUCCCUACGCUGAUCAGUUCACCUGUAGCUACACCUAGCACCUCACCUACCACUACCCCCACAAGUUCUGGUCAGCCGGCGCUCGCGGUUAGCCCGGCGCCCACAGUGGCACCUUCAGUCACUCGUACAAGUGCACCAACUCAGACAGACGACACAGCCACUGCUACUGCUACUGCUACUGCUACUUCUACUUCUACUGAAACAGAAACUCAGGCCUCGACGGUGGGAUCGAACCCCGAGUCAACAUCAGGGGAAACUGCAACCGGCACCGAUUUACCUAAGACGGAUGGAGCUCAAUCAAAUAGUGGUCUGUCUACCUUGGCUAUGAUUGGUAUUGGGGCUGGGGCGGCUGUGUUAAUACUGGUGGUGCUGGUUCUGGGUAUCUGCCUGUGCAGGCGGGAUGCAAGGGCCGAGGGCAAGCUCCUUGCUUCAGCUUAGACUGAAUAUUACUGUGUAUGUGCAUGUAUGUGUUUACGCACAUACACAACUUUUAUAUGCAUAAGUACAUACAACUCUUCUGCACGAAAAUUACCGAUAUAUGGAUCGAGCGGAAUGCAACAUGUGCUGCAUGAACGACCGACACCGAUCCCAAAUUCUCGCAUUAACUGCGGAUGACAUGAACAUGAUUACGACUACCAACUAUUGAAUAUGGCUACCAACUACUCUGAAUUUAGAAGAAACUCUGUGAAUAUGAACCCGGACGCUACCUACCGAGAGAAUAAAAUAGGAAAACACAGAAUAAAAUAGAAACCAAC